AUGGCUGCGUCCACAUUAAAGUCCUCCAAUUCAGACAAUGUCCCAGUCACUCAGAAAGACACUCACAAGCCUCUGAACAAAGGAAAGGGCAAGGAGAACCCAUCCAAGGCCACCGCGGCUCCGGUACGCGCUGAGCUAUGGCAAGGUCGGGGCUGGGACGAUGAUAGACCUUGGAAUUGGGCUUCUCUUACCGAUCCAUCUUCAAGUCGUAUUCCACCUAUCUUUACGAAGGAUGGAAGUUACUUUUUCUCGCUCGUGGGCUCCACCAUUAAAAUUUAUUCUAGUACCACUGGACUAGUAGUUUCGAUUCUUUCCGCACCAUCUUCAGGCGAAGAAAACUCGAACACAGACGUCUUCACGUCCGCGAUCAUCAACCCUCACAAUGUGUUUCAACUAAUCACUGCGACACUGGAUGGAAGAAUCAUGAUCUGGGAUUUCGUGAAUGCCACCCUUUUGCAGGUAAUCGAUGUUGGACAAUCAAUACACUUCAUGUGUGCGCAUAAACAGUUUAUGGGAUUUGUAUUUGUUGCGGCAUCUCGUCAGCGAAAGAAGUCUAACGUGCACGAUAACAAUGCUGUUGUCCUUAAAAUCUCUCUUAAACCUUCUGAUCACAAGAACCAGCCAUCCGCAAUUAUCCCUGUUGGCAAAACACGAUUCCCCACAGGACUGUCUAUCUCUCCCAACGGGGCUUGGUUGGUCGCCACUGCUGGCCACAAAGUCUAUGUAGCUAAGACGGAUACUAUAACCUCCGGAUUUACCAAGUAUGUGUCUCCGGAGAAGUUGACUUGCUUAGCAUUCCAUCCAUCCGACGAAUACUUUGCUACUGGGGAUGAAAAAGGUGUCAUCCGCCUGUGGUACUGCCUCAAUGACAAUCUUGCUGUUAAUAUUCGAGACGUUGAGAAGCGCACUCAGACAAGAUCUUUCCAUUGGCACGCCCAUGCUGUAUCAUCUGUUUCUUUCACGAAUAAUGGUGCAUACCUUCUGAGCGGCGGAGAAGAAGCUGUUUUGGUUAUUUGGCAAUUGGAAACUGGCAGAAAGGAGUUCAUACCACGGCUGGGGGCCCCGAUCAGCACAAUAUCGAUAUCACGACCAGCGAACGGCGAAGAAGAAUAUCUACUAGGUCUAUCGGAUGCCACCUAUACUUUCAUCAGCUCUGCAAGCCUCAAAAUAACCAGAAGUUAUUCGAGAAUUAAAAUCGAUCCAUCCGUAUUUCAUGGACCGACGUCGUCUUCGAAGUUGAACAUCGCUCCUAUCGCUGUUCAGCGACUCACAUCCACUCUCGUUCUUCCCUCUUCGCACCCUUCAUCUCUUCAGAUGUAUUCCCUUUCUGUGUCAUCUUUACUAUCCGAAUUAGAGGUUUCUCCGUCAAACAGAAUCUCGCGAAGAGAUGACAAACCGAUAAUACCUUCCACGGUUGAAAAGACUGUCAUUUCCGAAUCUGGUUAUUGGAUGGCAACUAUUGACAGUAGGGAUGGAGAUCCUGGAUUCAGAUCUGAAGUUUAUCUUAAACUAUGGUCAUGGGAUAGCAAGAACGAAACAUGGAUUCUGAAUACGCGUAUUGAUCGGCCGCAUGGGAUACACAAAGUCACCGAUAUUAGUUUUAGCCCCAAUGCCCUGGCUGACAAGGCUGUAUAUCUCACAACAACUGGAAAAGAUGGUCACAUCAAAGUCUGGAAACUCUUCGGUCACCAAAAAGAAGCUUGGAUUUCCUAUGCAACUUUGGACUUCCGUUCAGAAACUCCGGGUUCAAUCUCAUGGUCUCCUGAUGCAUCACUUUUUGCGGUAUCAGUGGGUGCACAUAUCGCAUUAUAUGACCCCGUGUCUCGUUCUCUUCGUCAAGCCUUAACAACCCCGGAAUGUGUUUCUAUUCAAUCGGUUCAUUUUGUUGGUGUGGAUGGUCGCUUUCUUCUGGCUUCCGGGAUUAAUGUUCUCGUGAUGUGGGAUCUACUCAGAGGUCAAGUAGCAUGGCAGACCUUGACACCUCUGGCAAUUGACAAAAUUGUACCCCACCCAAAGGAAUCAACCUUUGCUGUAUUUCACUCUCCAGAUCAGGAUGGAGAGGACCAUCGAACGAAGAUUACCCUCUUCCACGUGUCAUCCAAAGUACCAACUACAAUUCGUUUCGUUCCAUUCGGAUUAAGAAAUGUUGUUUGGGCUUCAUAUCAAAAACAACCAGGCUAUAACCUGGUCGGUAUUACUUACUCCUGGAGGGUGGUCCUGAUUGGAGAUUCUCGCCCAGUAUUGAAAGACGGCGAAAUCACAGCUAGGGCAAUGAACCUUGAGCCUCAGAAGCAGAAAAAAACUAUCUUCCAGGACAUCUUUGGCGUUUCUGCUUUUUCGAACACCACGGUAGAACAUGCACAUACUUUUACCGUUCAAAGAAAGUCCAGCGAAAAUGAGGUGUUCACCGACCCCGCGUAUACGGCACCUUCAUUGGAAACAUUUUUUAGCUCUCUCCUCAAGCCAUAUUUGGUUGUUCGACCUGCGAAAGAAAGCAAUAUACCAGACGAUCACGAUGAGGUGGUGGAAGAGGACGUUGUCAUGGAGGAUGAAAGAGAGAUUCCAAUUGCACAUACUUCACGGGUUCCAAUACCGGGAGAAAUGGACACAUUCAUCAAACUGUUUAAAACACAUUGCCUGCGCGAAGACAUGCCUUUACCUUCAUCAAAAGGUAUUCCUACAAUAAACGGAAUCCACCCAAAAGAGACCAACAGUGAUUGUCUAUCUGAAGAAACAUUGUCCACGAAGUCGAAGCCGAGCCAAAUGCCUCAAAAUCAACAUGGUCAUGCUGUCGCUUCACCCUCGCACUCCUCUACUCCGCACUCGAUGGGCAAGAAGAGGAAAAAAGUAUCGAACUAA